AUGGCAUUAGCAUCUGUUCCAAAACUUGUCCUUGGUUCUGUUGCAUUUGCAAUCUUUUGGAUGUUAGCAGUUUUCCCUGCUGUGCCUUUCCUUCCCAUUGGGAGAACUGCAGGGUCCUUGUUGGGUGCCAUGCUUAUGGUCAUAUUCCAAGUUCUUAGUCCAGAUCAAGCUUAUGAAGCAAUUGAUCUUCCCAUUCUUGGUCUUCUUUUUGGCACAAUGGUUGUCAGUGUUUACCUUGAAAGAGCUGACAUGUUUAAAUACAUAGGAAAAUUGCUCUCUUGGAAAAGUAGAGGAGCAAAGGACUUACUUUGUAGAAUCUGUGUGAUUUCUGCUGUCUCAAGUGCUCUUUUCACAAAUGAUACUGCUUGUGUCGUUCUAACAGAAUUCAUAUUGAAAAUAGCUAAGCAACAUAACCUCCCACCUCAUCCUCUACUUCUUGCACUUGCCACAAGUGCUAAUAUUGGGUCUGCAGCAACUCCAAUUGGCAACCCCCAAAAUCUUGUUAUAGCUGUUCAGGGUAAAAUAUCAUUUGGGCAGUUUCUAAUUGGUGUUCUUCCAGCUAUGCUUGUAGGGGUUUUAGUGAAUGCUUUAAUUCUUAUGGCUAUGUAUUGGAGGGUAUUGUCUAUUGAGAAGGAUGAAGAGAAUCCAGUAGCAAAUUAUGCAGCAGAGGAAGAGGUUAAUUCCCAUCAGUUUUCUCCAGCCACAAUGUCUCAUUUUAACUCACUUAACUCUCAAGAAUGGAAUGUGCGCAUGGAAAAUUUUAAUAUUCCAAAUUCCCCUCAAGUUCAGAGUCUAAGAAAUCGAUCAAUGGCGAGUGAUGGUGAAAUCGACAGGGCUCUCAGUAACACAUUAGACUCCUCAAGAAACUCAAAUGCAUCAAAGGAGGAGACAAAUGGUAUGGCUUCUCAGACAAAGGAGGAAACUGGUCCUUCAAAAACUGAUGCAAUAGUAGUUAAACCAAUUGAAUCAAAUGCUCUGAACACUUUGGAAGUAAAGGAGAGUUCUAAUAAAAAAUGGAAAUAUAUCCUGUGGAAAUCAUGUGUUUACAUGAUCACAUUAGGAAUGUUGAUUGGUAUGCUUCUUGGUUUGAAUAUGUCAUGGGCUGCUAUUUCAGCUGCACUAGCAUUGGUAGUUCUUGAUUUCCAAGAUGCCAGGCCAUCCUUAGAGAAGGUUUCAUAUUCACUCUUGAUAUUCUUUUGUGGAAUGUUCAUCACAGUAGAUGGUUUCAAUAAAACUGGAAUUCCAGGUGCUCUUUGGAGUGUCAUGGAGCCUUAUUCUCGAGUAGAUCGUGCUAGUGGAGUAGCAGUUCUUGCUCUAGUUAUACUCAUCUUAUCAAAUGUGGCAUCAAAUGUACCAACCGUUCUAUUGCUUGGAGGACCAGUUGCAGCCUCAGCUGCUGCAAUUUCCAAAGAUGAUGAGAAGAAAGCAUGGCUUAUAUUGGCUUGGGCCAGCACUGUUGCAGGGAACAUGUCACUGUUGGGUUCAGCUGCAAACUUGAUAGUGUGUGAACAAGCUCGUCGUGCUCCUAACAUUGCAUACACUUUAACUUUCUGGAACCACCUCAAAUUUGGUCUUCCUUCCACCCUUAUAAUCACUGCUAUUGGUUUGACAUUCAUAAGAUGA